AUGUCAAUUCCCCUCGGUCCACGUUUUCCUUUACGAGCUGCUAGGCAUCUGAAGUUCGCCGUAUCCGCCUCUCGCAGCAUCGCCUCUUCAGCCGAGCUGGACAUCGCAAACUCUAGGUCGUCUGAGUCUCGCAGCGAUCCAGUCACAAGCUCAGAAUUAUCAAGAGAUCCAGCACCUUCGUCAGAGCCACGCGUCAAAGAAUGGUCUGAGCGCUUGGACAGUGUUGGUCAGAAGGCCCGACUCCCGCGGAGCGUACAAGCGUUGUAUCUUCGGCCACUUCGGAGGAAACCUGAAUUUGGUCUGCCAGUCUGCGAUCUUCAACUCAGGUCUUAUAGCGUUCGCAACUUGGAGUUUUUUGUUGACUUUGCUGUGCGCGCUGCAUAUUACCUGGAACUUCCUGUUUCGGGGCCGGUUCCUCUGCCACGGAUCGUUGAGCGCUGGACUUUCCCGCGAAGCAAUUUCGUUCACAAGAAAAGUCAGGAGAACUUCGAGCGAAUAACCCUCCGCCGGUUGAUUCAGAUCAAAGAUGGGCAUCCGCAAGCUGUACAGGCAUGGCUGGCUUUUUUACGUAAACAUGCGUUUUAUGGCGUUGGUAUGAAAGCAAAUGUGUGGGAUCACGAAAGCCUUGACGUGGCCCGGAACAUGGAUGAAGCACUGCCCGAUAUCGAGAAGUCGCUUGAACCUUACCUCUCACAUUUCGGUCAUCGGAGUGACGGAUCGGAUGAGAGCGCAGUAUUUGAUCUUUUAGAAAAUGAGCGUUUCACUCAUAACAAGAGUCCCUUGACAGACAUUCGCAAGGAUUGA